AAUAAAAUUUCUCCCUUUUUUUUGGUUCAAGAAAAUGGAAUUUGUGUCCAACAAUAAUGGAGGCUCCUGCUACUAUGAUGUUCUUGGAAUCUGUAAACAAGCCUCACAUUCUGAAAUUCGUUGUGCUUACAGAAAGCUUGCUCUGAAAUGGCACCCAGAUAGAUGGAUGAAGAAGGAUCCUUGCAUUAGGGGAGAAGCUAAACAUAGAUUUCAACAAGUUCAAGAAGCUUAUUCUGUUCUCUCAGACAAGAGGAAAAGAUCACUAUAUGACACUAGGUUGCUUCACCUCAUGGGAGAUGAUUCUGAUGAUGAUAAAGAAUUCUGUGAGUUUAUGCAAGAAAUGAUAACAAUGAUGGAACUGAGAAAUCUAAGGGAGAAAACACAUUGGAGGAACUUCAAAAGCUGUUUUCAGACAUGACAAGUGAAUUUGAUAAAUUUUCAGAUUUUAGUUUCUGCUUUGAUGAAUCCCUUAAUGGCAACAUGCCCAAAAAAAGACGUGUAUAUCAACCUUGAUUAUGUACAUUUAUUUUCUUAUUGAUUCUAAAGUUGCUAAAAUUCCUGUAUCGUAUGAA